GCGGGCGCUGCCCAGCGUGCUGAAGCCGGAGUGAGCGAGCAGUCCCAAGCCGCAGACUCAGCGGAGCCCAGCCCUCUGAACUCCGGACCGCUACCGCCGCUCGGAGCCCCAGGCGGGCGCGUCCAGAGCUCCCGACCCGCCCCGCUCCUCUCUCUGCCUCUCGCGUCGUGACACCAGCCGUGUCCGGCAGCCCUCUCCAGUCAUGAGCUCGCCCAGCCUGCGGGCUUCUGCCCUCUUCUGCUUCCUUCUGCUGAUGGAGGGCCUGGGGGCAGUUCCCCCGGGGUACCCCGAGACGCAGCAGCCCCUCCUCGGCUCUGAGCAUAAAGAGCCGGCGGCCGGGGACUCCGAGCCCGGGCCCGGGCCCAAAGAUGCCCUGGAGGUCCGAGCCGCUCGCAACUCGGAGCAGCCGGGCGAGGGCGAGCUGUUCCAGGGCGUGGACCCGCGGGCGCUGGCCGCGGUGCUGCUGCAGGCGCUCGACCGGCCAGCCUCGCCCCCCGCGCCUGGAGCCCCCCAGCAGGGCCCCGGGGAGGAAGCGGCUGAGGCCCUGCUGACCGAGACAGUGCGCAGCCAGACACACAGCCUUCCGGCGCCGGAGAGCCAGGCGCCCGCGCUGCAGACCCCGGAGGGCGACCCUGCGGAAGAGCUGGAGACGCUGGCCGCCUUGCUCCAACAGCUGCGCGACUUCAGCCCGAGCAGCGCCAAGCGCCAGCAGGAGACCGCGGCUGCUGAAACAGAGACCCGCACCCACACGCUGACCCGCGUCAACCUGGAGAGCCCGGGCCCCGAGCGCGUGUGGCGCGCCUCCUGGGGCGAGUUCCAGGCGCGCGUCCCGGAGCGCGCGCCCCUGCCUGCCCCAGCGGGCCCCCAGUUCCCGGCACCCGGCCCCGGGGCCCGCCCGCUCGGAGAAGGCGAGUCGGUGCCGCCCGCGCCGCUGGGCGGGGCGCUGGCCCCCCUGACUCCCCUGGCCCCGGGAUACGCGGGCCUGGGCGCCGCCUUCCCCCAGGGCGCGCUGUUGGGCGGCUCGGAGGCGGGGAGACGCGUGCUGCAGCAGGGCCUGGCGCAGGUGGAGGCCGGGCGGCGGCAGGCCGAGGCCACCCGGCAGGCGGCAGCGCAGGAGGAGCGACUAGCCGAUCUGGCCUCCGACCUGCUGCUGCAGUACCUGCUGCACGGCGGGGCCGGGCUGCGCGGCCUGGGGGGCCGGGGGCUGCAGGGCGGAGAGGCUGGGCAGGAGCGGCGCGGAGGGGCGGGGCGGGCGGAGGCGGCCGAGGAGGAGCGAGAGCGGGAGCAGGCGGAGCAGGAGGAGGACGAGGAGGCGGCUGAGGCCGAGGCGCAGGCGGAGGAGGCGGAGCGGGCGCGGCAGACCUCGCUGCUGUUCGCUGAGGAUGAGGAUGGCGAGGCGGGAGCAGAGGACAAGCGCUCCCAGGAGGAGGCGCCCGGGCACCGGCGCAAAGCGGCCGAGGGGGCAGCGGAGGGCGGGGAGGAGCAGGACGCCGCCGCUGCCACCGACGACGACGACGACGAGAUGGACCCGCAGGCCAUCGAUAGCCUGAUCGAACUGUCCACGCGGCUGCACCUGCCGGCCGACGACGUGGUCAGCAUCAUCGAGGAGGUGGAGGAGAAGCGGAAGCGGAAGAAGAACGCGCCCCCCGAGCCCGUGGCGCCCCCGCGGGCCGCCCCCCGCGUGCGCUCCCCGCCGCCCCCCGUGCCCGUCCCCGCCGAGCUUCCCGACUGGAACGACGUGCUCCCGCCCUGGGACCGGGAGGAGGGCGACGCGUUCCCCGCGGGCCCCUACCACCCCCUGCCCAACUACAUCCGGCCGCGGACACUGCCGGGCCCCGCCACCGCGCGCCGCCGCCACCUGCACCGCGCGCUGGCGCCCCCGCCCGGCCACCGGCCAGACCCCGAGGCUCCCGCGCGGCGCGCGCAGGCGGCGGCGGAGGCGGAGGAGCGCCGGCUGCAGGAGCAGGAGGAGCUGGGCAACUACAUCGAGCACGUGCUGCUGCACCGCCCGUGACCGCGCCCCCCUCCGUGCCCCGCCCCCACCCCGCAUGCGCCCGCCCCCGCCGUGAGUCCUGUGAAGCGUGCCCGCCUCCGGCCCCCCCCACCCCCCAGCACCGUCUCUCGCGCCCUGUCUCUUGUAAAUACCCCUCACGGAGGAAAUAGUUUUGCUAAGAAAUAAAAGUGACUAUUUUAUUA